ACAGUGGCGGCCGAUGGCAGUUCGACGCCGUCCGCCGUUGCGAGCGGAUAUAUCGUCGCCGCUAUCGUCCGUUCGUCGUCUUCCGUUCGUUGCCGCGAAGAUGAACAACUGAAUCGCGAGCGCGCAAUCGCCGCGAAUGUAAAUCUUCCGGGCGACCGUUUUGCAUCGAUACCGCUUCUCCCGAUGACAAUGAUGACAAUAUAAUGAUGAUGAUGGAAAUAAUGAUGAUGACAAUGACGAUGCUGAUCGGCAUUAAUAAUAAUAAUGGCUAACAAAGGAAGGAUAAAAAAAAAGUAGGUAAAAAACAUGCAAAUUUCGACGUUCGAUUAAUUUAAUUUCACGGAUGAUUCGCGGAGAUUUGCGGCGAUUCUCGUUCCGGAACGCGCACUCGCGUGUGAUCUCUGCGACGACCCCUGCGUAAACGUACUUUUAAAUACCUGCUUUUUGUCGCAUUGCUAAUUAACGCCUUCCUUAAGCGACGUCGCGCGAUCUAGAUCGACGGUAAACCGCGAGAUCGUACACGUGACAGUCGCUUCCUAUCCUUCAAACGAUCGCGGUCCCCGGCGUUGAGAGCCAGUGAAAAGCAAAAGCUCGGAAGCACCGGGCGCUAUCAAGGCGCGAUUUACGCUCGCCGUUACGCUAUGUUGCUAUCCAUUUUCCGACACGUGCACGCUUAUCGCUUCUUUGCGAGCGAUAACCCAAGGGCUGGCUUUUAACCGCCUUGCGUAGUCGCGCUGGAUGUACGCGAUAAACGCGCCGGUCCUUUAUCUCGAGUGCAUUAACGUACUUCAACGUAACGCAUUACUCGCGGCGUCUGCGGCGCUGGCGUCGGCGCGACCGAAAGAUAUCGAUCGAUACGUGCAGCGAUCUCGAUUCUCGACGCGGUCGCGCUCGUUCCGGCACGGAGGAUCGAUCGGAUCGGAUUUCCGCCGCGGUACGCGCCCGGGGAUGCUGUAACUCGAGCCGCGCGGUAAUUCCGAAGAGUGCCGGGUUACGCCGCGAGUGCGUCGAGUGACGCGACGAAAUUGCGCGCCAAGUGCGCGACGUGUCGGCGAUAUUGCCGUAAUCUUCGGCGAGACCUCACCGAAGGUGCCGACCGGGAAGGUGAACAUAAGACGCUCGUCUACCGAAACGACGUCCCGUGAAGGAAUCAAUUUAGCGCUGUUGAACGACGGCUGCAUUUAUCGCCGGCGAUUGGGGGACCAGUCGAGAGAAGGGCUGCACUAAUUAACUGCGAUCUCGGUCCGGUCGCCUCGCGAAGACUGCAAGCCGCCGAGGCCUCGCUGCCUAGAGAGAGUCCUCGAGAGGUACGCUGCGCCGGAUCACGGAGAUCCAUGUGGGGAACGAUUCCAUGUCGUGGCGAGCCACAACAUUGCAGCGCGUUUUACGAAGUUCAUGAAGCGCGUUAUACGCGAUGAAGAAAAGUUCCUUGGAGUACCUUUAGCCGCUCUCGGACGAGCGACAGUUAUUCUGGAAGGACGUUCUCUCGAUGCUCGGCAAAUCUCGUCCCUUAAUAGCGAAUCACAACUUUCCAGCGAACGUGUAAGUCUUCAGGUCCACCACACAUUCUCUGUGUUGAGGCUCAGCGCAGCGGACCUGAAGACUGUGAAGAAGGAAAGUCAAUGCGCUGUCGCUCGGGGACGGAAUAAAUCUUAAGAGAAGUGCGUGCCCGUGGGAUGUAUUACGCGCAUUACCUCGGAAGGGUCUCCUAGAGCGGUCUAGGUCGAGCAAGAGCGGAUCGAGCAAAAUAAUGCGAUCGAAGCGCAUCAAGAAGGCUGCGCUCUUCCGUUUACUCAGAUAUAGACAGUGCGCCAGAUACCGGAAGAUAACUUAGCGCACUCGAGUGUACUCAGGACGCAGGUCGACGGAAAAAUCGACGGAAAAGUCCAAGGAGAGAAGAAUAGAAGGAAAACAUACGUACGCGCGCGUAUGCGCACGAUACGCGAUCACGGUGACGAUCGACGAGCGUAAUUUCACUUCACUGGCUGUGAUUUUUACUCGUAGACCCCGACGACCGGAGACUCGAAGGUGCGGAAAUCGUUAAGACUGAUCGAGAUAGACUUCCUCUCGCCGACUUUUCCAGCGAGAAAACAGAGCGAGCCUGGAACGUCGUCGUAAAUGUAAAUCGCGACGUCAACCGACUAGAUCGAUCGUUGUUACCGUGGUUAUUGUAUUUUGUCGCGCGAUAAACGUAUUAUCGUGUAAACAUUAGCACUGUAAACGUUAAUCGGGAUCUGUAUGCCUUGGCUACGACCUCGCCGAUACCGAGGGAUUAUUGGAGCGAGCGGAUCUCGCAAUCGCGGAUACUCCCGUUGCUUCUUUCGCGUUCGUGUUUAUUAGCGUCGUUGCAGGGCGCCGUUGCAUACAAAUGACGACGGGCAUCCUCAUCGUGGAGCGAGCAAGAUGCAUCACGCGCGAAUCUCGGAGCAACAUCGUCGAGUAACGAUCGCGCGCACGGAGGCGACGCGGACGAAACGCGAUCACAACGCGAGAAUAUUCGCCGGAUGAGCUCGAUGCGCUCCGAUUCGCGACUAAUUACGUUCGACAACUCGCUCGUAUGGUGGUCUUCCCUGCGUCGUCGACGAGCAAUCGCGAGUUCCUGAAAGUUAGCAAAACCCAGGAAGACCUCGUGGAUCCGCGAUUCCGUCGAGAUCUAUAUUCUCGGUCGAGAGGAGAAGCUAGAAGCACUACUUGGAGGCUUGCCGAAGAAGAGGAUUGCCGACGAUCGAAAGUUCGAGUGGCACUUGGGUCGUCCAAUAGCGGGAACAGGCUCGAAACUAUUUUGCCGCAUUGACGCGACAAAAUUUCACAAGAGGCCAUCGUCAAUGAGAACGAGAGGAUUCGCAAGACUCAGCGCUUUAUAAUACCUAAGUAGUCAGGAUAAUAAUUGAAGGAGAAUAACAAUUAAAAAGCGCGAGCGGUCGAGAGGAGAUAUCUGAAAAGAAGAUAAAGGGAAAGAGAAAUGUUAUUACCCGCGAGCGAGCGAGCAUUUUAAACGUUUGGAUUGAGAGGGAGGAAAAUCGAGCGGCGGAACAGUCACGGAAAGGGCAAUUAAGGAGGAGGAAAGGGGGAUCGAUUGGGGGGAGUAGAAACGCAAAAUUUAGCGAAAAGUUAACAAAAAAUUCGUGCGGAUGAUUCGGUUGAGAUUCGGCACAUCGAGUACAAAGGGAUAGAGGUGGAUUGAAAUUGAGAUUUUCACUCGGUAUUUCAAUGAAGAUACAUGUGCGCUACGUGAUUGAGAAGGUGGAAGGAAAUUCUGCUGAGAAUUCAACCGCGUAAGACCAAACGCCGGCAGUAAUUAACGUGAUCUUUUUAAACGUGAUAAUUUAAGUCGACAAUUUCCGGGAGAAAAAUCUGCACGAUUUUUUUGACGCACUCGAGAAAGAGAGAGAUAGAGCUAAGCCUGUGUAAUAAAUAGAUGACAUUUCAAUAUUCAGCUAGCCAAGACUGGAGUGAACGCUAAAGUUUCUACACGAAGGCAACGUAGUACGGAUCUGCUUGAAAACUCGCCGAUUAUUUUUCAAUUACCGCUUUAGAGGCGGCAAUUAACUAUCUUCGUAAUGGUACUACACAGUUUCUCGUCUAGAGAUACUCCAGACAUAACAGACGGACUUCCGCAAGGCGGAAAAGCGACGAAGUAGCGGCAAACUCAUCGAAAAUUCAUUCGGCGUUUUGCGCAACUCGAGGAAUAAAUCCCCCGACCAAGAGGGAUCGUUGGAAAUUCAUUCGGCAUAUUAGAUCAGCGCGUAGAAGCGAUGUAAUUAAAGAAAACCCGUGGGAACGCCGUGGAAACUGCGAACAGGGAUAAUUGAAAAUUCAUGUAACGUUUCAGCGUCUUCUCUUGUUCGCGAGAAGUACGAGAGAAAAUAAUAAGCAGUUGUAUUGGACACUUUAACCGAUCGCCCACGAAAAAGAAAAGAGAAAGAGGAAAGAACAGGCGGAAUAAAUCAGGGAGAAGAAAGAAGCGAUAUCGCGCAAUCGCACAGGGAUAACUCGAAACAACCAGGUGAGGAUCCGGACAACUGAAUGAAAGAUUCAGAUUCGGUCACUUUCGCGAACUUGAAUUAGAAAGCGCGAACAAGGAGCGCCAUCGAACCGGCGCCUCAUUUGAUUCCGCGGAAGACACAAAAUCCGACAAAAAUCGACGAGGCGAAAAUAGAGAAGUUAAAAAAACGCACGCAAGAAACAUCACCAACCGGAAAGAACUAUUCGCGAUUAAGUUCAGCAUUGCGCUCGAUAAGUAAAGGAUAUUGUUUAAAGUAAAGAUCGUUUUUUAAGAGCGCCAUUCGUCGAAGUGGAAAGAAAGAAGAGCAAUCUGGAAGCAAGAGUGUGAACUCUUCAGAGUUGGAGUGAAAUUCUGUGAGUCGGUCGGACGAUCCUGAGCUUCCUGGUCUUUUUUUCAUCAGUUUGUUUUGCGAAAACAAUCGCGGGGGAUACGAUACGAGAUCAAGGACCUCCGAGAGCGAAUAAAACGCCCACGCACGUCUGAAAAAAAGGGAAAAGCAGAGGGCCGUUGAAAGGGAGGCGAAAUUGAUCUACACGGACACUGCGGGAAUUUUUAGUAUCUUCGGUAUCGAUUCGGCGACCUGCAUUGCGUCAGCAAACGAUCGGAGAUCGCGAAUAACUGCGUGGAAAACCCGAUUCUCGCCAUUCGUGGCAGCACGUGAUCGUCCUUCCGGAAGUCGCUGAAGAAGCAUCCGCUGUCUCAUCAGGUUGCCCUUUUCCCGAGCAACGCCGGCGGGCGAAGGGACGUGAAAAGGGCGGGAAGAGUGCAGGGGUGGGUUACAAUUUCCAGUCGGCCACGUAACAGUAAAUUCAUUGCGCCAAGAGCGUAAUCCUGAGGGACGAGCGCGCGCGCGUGGGGCGUCCUGAAUUUCGAGACUUGAGGCGGACGGAUACCGGUGCGAGCGAGCCCGUGGCGUCGUUUGUUAAGGGCAGCACGUAUAUCCUCGGACUCGGGAGAAACGGCGCCUCCGCGAUUGCCGAUAUACGUUCGACGAGAACGAACGAGUGGCAAGAACCAAUGAAAGAAUCCUGAUUCGUGUCGAGGAUCACCGUCUUCGCGUCCGUCCGACAUGCCGAUCGAUCGAAUAGGCAGGACGUGAUUAUUAGGAAGAGACAGUAAAUUCUGUCGCGGGGGAUCAGAAGGGAUCGGACGAGAUCGACGGAGAGAUCUGGCACGACGUUUCUGCAGGGUGCAAACGACGAAGCGAAGCGAAAGUUGAAGGAAUUUAAUCGAAAUAGCGGCGGAAGAGGCCGGCAAGAGAAAUAAUUUUCACUCUUUCCUCCACCUCCCUCUCCAAUCCCACUUUUCGAAGUCAUGAAAUAUGAAGAACGAUGAGAGCAAUCCGAUUUUUACAUUCUACCGAGAGCUUAACGAGCGGCCCGUUCAUACGCGCUCGUCGUAAUGGAGAUUCUCUCGGCGCGAAAGAAGACAAAGGUCGUAGAAUAGGGAUUUUCGCUCGACGAAGGAUCGUAAAAUAUUCGUCGUUGGGCUGAGCGGAAAACGGACGCUCGAUUGCAAAGCAAGCAAUAGGAAUCGCUGCUUUGCUGACGUCAGGAGAAGAGCGAGAUUUAAGGGAAGAAUAAUUUUCAUCCAUAACAGUCUCAGCGCGUAAUCUGCCCGUGUCGUCAGAUCGUCAGAUCGUGUGUGUGUGUGUGUGUGUGUGUUCAAACGUGAAAAUCUCGUUAAGAGUGUUCUUUUUCGUCCAAAGACAUCUAUACAGGAAUCGUGCGUUCUUAAAUAACGUGGCAGACACGAGUAAGUGCAAGAGCUGGGAGUUUGUUUAAUGACGCGACGUCGCGAAUUUGCACCUUCCUUCAGCGAUUGUUCGAGGAAAUUAGAUUCCGGAAUUUUUAUUAUUAUUAUCACCACAGUGAGAACAACAAAGCACAACAAUUUCAGAAAAAGCAGAAUUUUGUCCACUUUAAAAUUCUUUGCGCGAAGAAGUUUCGUGUAUACCUGGUAUUCACGAUACAUCUAGGCGAGGCAAGAGUGUCAAGUGUACAAUUAGGACUUUCCGAGGCGGUCAUCGAUUUCUACCAAGGCUCGCUCACAGCUCCUCCAAGGGCCGAGUCACCUCUUAUCGGGAAUCAGAAAGCGGGUGGAGAUAGAAGAAAGGACGGUCGGUCGUUUCGACGCCGGUAAAAUUCGAAGAGAGUAUGCCAACCGCGCCUAAUAGAGGCGACGACGCUGUUUUCAAUUCCUGGUAGGAUAACGUCGAUCUCUCUCGAGCGGAACGAGCAGCCGAAGACUUCCCGCUGGAUUCGAUUUAGUAACGGGGGGAGGAGCACCAUUGCGAGAGGGUAAAGUCGAAAGGGGAAGAGAAGGAGGAGGGCGAGUACGUGAUCGUUGCGGGUGGCGUGCACGAAGAAACGAGAAGUGCAGUCGAAGCAAUACAGCGGGGGACAAGGCGGCUUUCGGGGUUGCAAGGUACUGCAAGCGACCUCGAUACGUUCGCGGGAGGAAAAAAGAAGAAGCGAGAGGCAUGUACGACCAUCAGACCAGCAGUGUUAUCGGGUCGCCUUGACGUUCGCUGGGAUUCACCUUGCAUCGCUACGACUUUUUUUAAGGGAAUCCUUAGCGAAACUCUGCGCUGCACGUGACUCGCGUGACAAUAUAGAUCACGACGUUGACGAACGAUUGACGAGAAGCAACCCCGUCUCCAGUUCCACUCUCUGAGUUUCAGCGACGUCGAGGAUCCGCUGUCCGUUGAGUCACGUUGCGUCAGCGAAAUCAUCCCCGCGUGUGGUAGAAUCGAGGUAUCGUUUACAGAAUCGAGGUAUCGUUUUCAGUUGCUGCUGAGCGAUUUCGGAUCUAGCGGAGAAUAAAAGAACUGCUGUGAAGGAUUUGAGACGAGGAGGAUCAUUAAAGUUCUGCUCAAAUCUGUGACUCGAGCGAUAAAUUGGUGAUAAAAAAGAGGAAGAGUAAGGUGGCGUUUGAAAAUUCGCGGUGAUUGAAUUCAUGAGGUCUGGUGUCUGAUAACGCAAUUGGAUUGUAAAUGGGGAAUUCGGGAUGGCUGGGAAAUGGAGACGAAGAGGUGAGCCGCAGAACAUUCAACGAAACGCAGACAAGAAGAUCGAAGUUCGCUGAAUCCGAUACCCUUAACGGUGUCUAAAACACAGUUCGAAGACCGUGUAACGUUAGACUACAUCCAAGGUGCAACGCGAGCAACAGCAUAUACAGCGAGUGAGUGAGUGCUAUCGAUUACCCGAAACAACGUUUCGCGAUCGCGCUUACAAACCGCAAAAUCAAAGCAUCAGAUUGACUAACGCACGGUACGAUCGACUGCCUCGCCAUUCAUUCAACGUGCACGUACGAGCUCCCCUAAGCACAAUUGUGGAAAUAUCGACUUUUACCAAUUAAUAAUGCUUGAUAAAAGUCUCACAAAUUUUCGGUGAACGAGAAUACCGGGGGAAGAAAGAGUCGAUUGUGCGUGAAUUACGAUUACGUCGAAACAGCAGCGAGUGUAUUUUGCUUGGCGAACUUGAGCAUUCUAAAUCAAUGAAAAAACACGAUCAACUUAAUCGAGCGUAAAACUAGUCGAUAGAUUAUCUUCGGGCUCAGGAACCACGAGAUAAACGGCGAGUUUUUUCCAGUUCUAGUCUUGCGACUUAAUCGAUUGCGGAAUUUUCGAUUAUUAUUAUUCCCGGUGGUGGACCGUGUUUCGUGUGAAAACUGCAAAGAUUAGUGUCGAUAGCCGAUAAAUAUAAUUAAGUGUUAAUAUUUAUUAAUAUUUAUGUGGAAGAACCACGAUUCCGUGAUACGGCACGAAAUGUCUCUCCGAGUUUGCACUUGCGAUCGCAGUCAUCGCCGUGUACCAAGUUCUUCGGAGUCCUUCGACAGGAUCGCAUGGGCGCAUCUGAGGACCGCGAGAGUUAACUAAAAUGCGAGAGCUGAACGCCACCGCAUGCGCUGCUUUGUACGACGGCGUCGAGUGGUACAGCGUGUGGAACGUGGUUACCUUAAUCGUCCUGGCGAUCGUCGAUGUCAUGGUGGUGCUAGGUAACAUUCUGGUUAUAUCGGCUGUCUUUUGCACCACCAAACUGAGAAACGUGACGAAUAUGUUUAUCGUGAGUCUGGCCGUCGCUGAUCUGAUGGUCGGCGUCGCCGUCUUGCCGUUCAGCGCAACCUGGGAGGUCUUCAAGGUUUGGAUAUAUGGAGAUAUCUGGUGCUCCGUGUGGCUAGCGGUUGACGUUUGGAUGUGCACGGCAUCAAUAUUGAAUUUAUGCGCCAUCAGCUUGGAUAGGUACUUGGCCGUGACCAGGCCAGUCAGUUAUCCUCAGAUUAUGUCGACGACGAGGGCCAGAGUGUUGAUAGCCUGCGUUUGGGUUUUCAGUUUCGUGAUUUGCCUUCCACCUCUGGUGGGCUUGAGAGACAAACGGUCACAUCCCACGUACAACAUGACGUUUCCUCUAUAUAGCCCGUCCAACACCACCACUAUACUCGUGCCGAUAAAGCCGUGCCCAUGGAUCUGCGAAUUGACCAACGACACCGGCUACGUCAUUUACAGCGCCCUAGGCUCCUUCUACAUACCGAUGCUGGUGAUGCUGUUUUUUUAUUGGCGGAUAUACAACGCCGCGGUUUCCACUACGAGGGCCAUCAAUCAAGGUUUUCGGACAACAAAGGCUUCGAAAAUGCUCGGCACCAGGUUCGACCAACAAAGACUGACUUUAAGAAUACACCGUGGCCGCGGUAGCGACCAUAACGGCAGUAACAAUGGCAACUCGAGGAGCCCAGAAUCGAGCAGCCGCAGCUCCGUCAAACGGGAGAAGAUCAAAAUCUCGGUCUCUUACCCGAGCACCGAGACGCUCAACACCAAGUGCAACACCCUUGAGAGAACGCCGUCGAGAUGCUCGCAAAUCUCGGUCCAUUACAGCAAUGGGCAAACGCAGACGCAGCUUUGUCCGACCUCGCGAAACACUCACCUCAAGGUCGGUGGAGUCAAUAGGGUGGGCAGCAGCAAGAGACCGAGCAGACGGAGCAGCUGCGAGAGUCAGGUGACCGGUGACGAGUUGUCCUUGCGCGAGAUGACGCCGAGCAGCGAGGAGAAACCGCGGGUGAUGAAGCUGGGCAAGAGGAACAUAAAGGCCCAAGCCAAGAGAUUCCGCAUGGAGACCAAGGCGGCGAAGACUCUGGGCAUCAUCGUCGGCGGUUUCAUCGUGUGCUGGCUGCCCUUCUUUAGCAUGUACCUGCUGCGCGCGUUCUUCCCGAACAGCAUCCAUCCGACCGUCUUUAGCGUUCUUUUCUGGCUAGGAUAUUUCAAUUCCGCGAUAAACCCUUGCAUCUACGCGCUCUUCAGCAAAGACUUCCGCUUCGCGUUCAAGAGGAUCAUCUGUUGCAAGUGCUGCAUGCAACGCGCCAACACGCUGCGACGUGGCAGUGACGGCAGUCAGUUGGCAAUGAGGAACGAGCGAAGUCCGAGCUACUCGAUCCGCGUGGCUCAACAGGGCACCUCCAUCGACGACUCCGAUCCGGAUCCAUCGUCGGAGCCGACCCAUUCGCAGAGCGAGUCCAGAUGAUUGUAGCGGCGCGUCCGAGCCGGCGUGCAGCGUGUCACUUUUAAUCCCCGUUCUUCCAAGGCGAGGAUUUUCUCCUUCUGAUGACGGCGGUGCUUUGAGACGUGCCUCGCGUCGAGCGACGACGACGACGACGACGAUGAGCCGUGGUCCUCCGACACUUGGCAUGCCAAUCCGUGUUUCACCAUUCUGCCAGACUGACACCGCAUCAGCAUUCCACGCUGUGUAAAUUGCACUUUUGCUGAGCGGCUGGAAACACCCUCGUGCUCUUCCGAUCCGUCUCUCGCACGCCGUUCUUAAACGUUCCUCGCGCCUCCCUAACGCCGCAAAUACGCAAAAUCAUCGGCUGGGCGAACCAGUUGACUCGUCCGGUAUUUCUCGCUGAAGGAACAAACCGGACACUUGGCUUGUCUACCGUUAUGCAUUGCAUCCCGCCUCGAUGGUGGGUUUAUCGCGCGGGCAGUAAAGAGGCGAGCCAAGUGAUCUGCUGGGUGAGGCGAGCACAUAAUUCGUUGUUCGACUUGACUGCUCGAUAAAUCGCGUAAUCUUACGGUACCGAGUUUACGCGAAGCCAUCAAGGCGGGGUGAGUAAAGUGGCGGAUUGCAUCCCCUCGCUUCUCGUCAAUUAUUGUUGAAGAGAACGUAAGCAGGUAAAUUUGGUUCGCCUUUACGCUUUAAUUGUGGCGAGAUCAACGGGGAACGGAGCGUCAGAGGGAGCAUCGCGAUGCGCGUCCUCUCGAAAUUGGAUUUAAUCGCGUCGGGCUCGGAACGCGGCGCCUCAUCUGCGACUCUUGUAAAGCGCAAAGGAAAGAAGGUGAACCGUGGCUUCCGUGUGCGGCACUUUGCCAAUUUUCUCCUCCGGCUACAUUGAGAGCUUAAAACGAUCUGUUUUUCGUAAGUAGUCCACCCUUUCCGCGAGUGAUCACGGUGAACACACUAAGUCAAUCAUCUCACACAUUUAAUGUUACGUGUAUCUCACGCGCGGAUUGCCGGAAAGUGACCAGUCGUUUACCAAAUUAUGAUCUGACCGAACAAUGAAUUCAAUCGAUGCGCCUCUUCCGCCAUUCCGUGGCAAAUUACGAGAUCUUCGCGAGAAAUUAUCCAAUUUCUUUUCUUGCACACAAAGAAUUAUUUUAUAUUUACAUAUAUAUUACGUAUAAUUGUUACUUAUUAUUUUAUUUUAGUAUUUUAUAGCAGCAUAUAUAAUUCAUUUGAUCCAACGUGUUUUGUAAAUAAACUAAAUUAAAAAACGGCUUUUGAUCUUUGCACCCUUUCGAUUUCAAGCGCGAGCAAUCGAUUGAUCAUCUUCGGUCAUUUCUGGUUAUCCGCGAUACCACCUAUAUGCUAUAGCACAACGCAAUACAUUCGUCCUAUGCGUCGCUAUUGGAGACCCGGUGCUGAAAUACAGGAAAUGAUUGCAAAUCAUUCCCGGGACGAGCGAGUCAUUCUCCGAGAAAGUAAAAAAUUAGUUGGGCUGCACUCGCGAUCACAGAUGCGCGCUCGAUCGCGAGGUACGAGCAUUCGGGAGGCACAGAUGUGUAACGAGCGACACAAACCUCCUAUGUACAUAUCGAUAUAUAUGUGUACUACUCGAUAAUACGCUAAGUAUGUCGUUAUCCUCUAUAUAGAACCGACGUUCGCGCGCCCAUGUAAAUCGGCGUUUCCUCUUUCACCCCCAGUCUCCCUUUUUCUCUCGCUCUUUCUCCUCUCUAUCUUCCUUCUUUCCUCGUUCUUGAACGAUUCUCCGGGAUAACAGCCGGGAUAACAGUGCAAGUUUGCGACUCUUCGAUGGCGUUAUAAUUUCUACGUUUUUUUACAUAAUCUCGCGUAAACUUGAUAAUGUAUGAUAAAACAUUGUGUCACGUCGUUGUUGCCGCGCGUACGAUGUAUAACAUAUUGCAUUGUACAAUAAAACAAUACGCGCGGAUAUUGUUCAAGCAACGCUCGCGCUAAGCGAUUCGGCCUCUCAGGAUAUAUCUCUGCUUGCAGGAUUUUUCGAUCCACCCUCGCUGAUGGAUCCAACGUCUUAGCAACGCGACUGUAAUCCGACGACGAGAUGACCGAUCGACUUCGAAAUGCGUGGUUCGUGUAUUAUGUGAUAUAUCGUAUAAAUACGUAAAAAAACGGAUGGAAAUAAAUAUGUGAAUAUGCGU